AUGUUCAACCUCUCUGAAAACUCCAGCCUUCGUGGCUCAGGUCACUUGAUCCUCAACGUCUUCCGAGCGUUCAAUAUCAUCGGCCUCUUGGCUGUCAGCGCCGCCACCUGGACCAUGAUCGUUAUGUCCAUUCUCAAGGGCAACUUUGCCUUCUUCGAUUCGGCCUCCCGCUUCUUCACCUUCUGCUUCGCCAUUUUCCUCAUUGUCUCCGAGCUAAACGUCUUCCGCGCCUACUUCAUGCGCAACUGGCCGACCCUCUCCCCCGAGCAUGGCCUCAGCUGGCUGGGAAUCGCCAUGGUCGUCAUGGGCUGCCACAUUCUUGGGGGUAUCACGGUGCCCGCCUACUCUGUUGAGACUAUUGGUCUUCCUCUCUGGCGUCUCAUCCUCGCCUCGGGCAUUCUGGCCAUCACCUUUGGUUUCUUCAACAUCAUCUCGUCCAUUGUCUUCCGGGAUGGCAGCAACGGCAUCAACGCCCGCAACAUUCGCAGUGACGGCACCCUUGCCUCCGGCAAGAACUCGUACGCUGACGGAUACUCUGUCAGAAGCAACUCGAUUCGCAACGAGAAGCCAAACAACAAGUUCAAGCGCCUCACGCAGAAGUUCACUCCUUGGAGCAAAACCAACGACGAUACCAGCCCUCGUCCCAACAUCAGCCACCCUAUCGCUCACGAUGUCGAACAGGGCCACGAAUCAGAGCCUGACUACGAUGAAUCCCGCCGCAGCCCCAUCAUGCCCGAUAUCUCUCGUCCGGCUACUGCUCUGCACCCCGCCAUGGCUGGCCACCGUCAUACCAAAUACAGCCUGGCCAGCAACGUGAGCCGCUUCUAA